CGAAAUACAGAGAAAGCAUCAUCUCUAAAGGGAAAUAUUAAUUGCAGGGUUUUGAAAGCAACAGUAAUACAGCAGAAGCAACAAUGGCAGAAGUUCCUGAAAUUGAUUCAAUCUUUAUGCAUGGCUACAGUGACAUGGAGGAAGAAUUUUAUGAAGAGUGCCCAUGGAAAACUAAGAAAUCCUUGCAAGAUCUACACUGGGGCUCCUGUUCAAGAACGUGUUUAACCUGUAAUUCUGGGAUAACCAUGGAAGUAACUGAACACAGAGAAUCAUUACAUUCUUUCAAAAAAGCAGUAGUUCUUGUGAUAGCGGUGGAUAGAAUGAAAAAAAUAUCAGGAAAUGUAGAUUUAUUCUCGGAUAUGGAUCUACUAGAUCUGCUUCAUGUUUUUGCUGAAGAGGAAAUUUCCCAUGAACGAAUAGCUUCCACAGUUAGAGCUAAAUCACCAUUAUCAACAGUUUACAAGAUUAAGGAUGCCGCCAGCAAGUGCCUAGCCUUGCAAGAAUUUCCAGGGGAAGCCAAACUUGUUGCUUUAUAUUUACAAGGACACAAUAUUGAUAGAGAGCAGAAGAUACAAAUGGAGUUUUACAGACCGUCACCACAAAAUGGAGUUCUGAAGCAACCUGUGACUUUGGGUCUUAAAGAACAUGAUCUGUACUUAUCAUGUGCUGCUGUAGGAGAUACUCCUGAAUUGCGUUUAGAGAGCCUGGACCCUGCUCAGAUAAAGCGCUUUACCUUCUUCAAAAACGAAAACAGUCCAAAUCCAAAUAACUCCAGUACACAAAGCUUUGAAUCUGCUGCCUUCCCCAACUGGUACAUAAGCACCUCUCAAAAUGAAAAUGAACCGGUUGUGAUGAGUCAGAAAGAGAAUCAAACGGUCAUCAUGGAAUUCAAUCUUUUCAAGGAUCAGUAAUAUUAUAUCCUCAAACCAAAUAUCUGCUUGUAUGUACUAAGUACAGGGUAGACAAAUCCACAUUGAAAAAUGAUUAAGACUUUCAUAAAGUUAAAUUUUCUCUUAUAGAGAUUAUGCAAGUGUUGAAUAUAAAAUAAAAAAAUAUAAUUAUUUUCUAUUAUUUAUAUACAUUAACUUAUAUUUAUUAUAUUUAUUUUUAAUUGACUUAAUUGUUUACUUUUUUUAUUAAUAAAAUAAUAUAUUAAUGUUAUUCUGUUGGUGCUCUACAAAUAAAUUAUAUUGGUAAUAAUAAUAUUUAAAUUAUUUAUGCAACUAGGAUGUUAUUUUAUUGAACUAUUGAUAAAAUGUAUUGUACAUUUCCUUUAAAAUAAAAUAAUGAUUGUAUAAA